AUGGCUUGUUCACUUUGGCUAGAACUACUCAUCCUUUCAGCCAUUGUUAUGCUUAUUAUCUCUCCCAAGAUCACAGCCCAACAACCCAAAUACCGCUACCACAUGUGCCCAAACACCUCAACUUUCACUCCCAAUUCUGCCUUCUCAAAAAACCUCAAUGCCACUCUCUCUUCUCUCCUCUCAAAUGCCACCCUCACCAAUGGAUUUUACAACACCAGCAGUGGUGCCCUGCAGGGCUUUGAUGCAGCCAAUGGCCUCCUUCUUUGCAGAGGAGACAUCUCUCUAAGUUUGUGCCAAACUUGUGUCAAGGCCUCUUGUGAAAAUAUCACAACCCUUUGCCCAAACCAGAAGGAGGCCAUUAUAUGGUAUGAUGAGUGCAUGUUGAGAUACUCAAACAGAUCCAUUUUUGCGGUUACGGAAGAACAGCCUACUGUUUAUCUGGGGAGCAUAAACAAUGCUUCAAAUCCAAGUCAGUUUAAUGAGGCUUUGGGUAAUUUAAUGGGCAGUUUGGUGAAUUAA